GACUUAUCUCCAGUCGCCCGCUGGCUGGAUCAUAGUUCGAAACGCGCACUUCUCACGGCAAGCUGCGAGACGCGGACUUACAGACGCAGUCCUGACGUAGCCCAGAUAGAACAGGGCUAAGAUUCACUUUUUCAAACGACGAAUUGACGGUGGAGUUGAGUUUACGUGACAUGCUAAUUUGCGCCGAGGCGCGAGCACGCAAACGAGAUCUGUUCUCUUAGUGUUACUGAGUGUUUUCGCGAAUUGGCCUCAACAGAAGCCCGCGACUUGCCGGCGAAAUGUGCGGAAGGACUGCGUGCACUCUGGCCCCGGAUGAGGUGAGCCGAGCCUGCUCGUACAGAAACCGGCGCGGGCUGCGGAGGCAGCCCGACUGGAGGGCGGGAGACGCGGACAAAUACCGACCGUCCUACAACAAGAGCCCGCAGUCCACGAGCCCCGUGAUGCUCUCCCGCAGGCACUUGGACGAGAAUGCACCCGUGGACGAGUGUGUUUUGGCUUCCAUGCGUUGGGGCCUGGUCCCUUCCUGGUUUAAGGAGACGGACCCGAGCAAGAUGCAGUUCAGCACCAGCAACUGUCGCAGUGAGAACAUCAUGCAGAAAAAGACUUACAGGGAGCCUCUGCUGAAAGGACAACGCUGCGUCAUCCUUGCUGAUGGCUUCUACGAAUGGAGGAGGCAGGCGAAAGAAAAGCAGCCGUUUUUCAUCUACUUCCCUCAGGCCCACAGUUGCCGUGCGGAGAAACGAGAUCCCGUCGAUGAGUCGGCUCAGGCGAGUCAAGCUUCCGUGCCCGGCGGCUUCACCAUAUUGCAGAAUCUGCCGCGGAUUUCAAAGCGCUCUGCGGGACAACCGUCCGAUGAGUGGAGAGGCUGGCGAUUGUUGACCAUUGCGGGACUCUUUGAGCGCUGGACACCUCCAUCUGGUGGAGAGCCCCUCUAUAGCUACAGCGUCAUCACUGUCAACGCUUCCGCCAGUCUCCAAGGCAUCCACGACAGGAUGCCGGCCGUCUUGGCCGGAGAAGAGGAAGUGAGGAGAUGGCUUGAUUUUGGCCAGGUGAAAUCUGAGGAUGCUCUGAAACUGCUCCAGUCAGAAGACAAAUUGACGUAUCAUCCCGUCUCAUCGCUUGUCAACAAUUCUCGCAACGACUCUCCUGAAUGCCUUCAGCCUGUGGACCCGAACCAGAAAAAGGAGGCCGAACUGAGCGCCAGCGGCAAGAUGAUGCGGAGCUGGCUGGCGAGCGGCUCUACCAAGAGGAAGGAACCGGAGGCUGGCGACGCUCAGCGGACCGACGCAGACAAAAAAGACACCCCCCGCAUGUCGACGGGACUGCGGCGAUGGCUGCAAGGGCCCAAUAAAAAAACAAAAACCCAGUAAGGACAACGUUU